GCUCACAGUGCUGCUGGUGUAUAAGUGAGCGGUUGUGAGUUAAACUGGGUGAAUGAGUGAAUAAGUGAAUGCAGCAGGAGAAUGAGGAACAUAGCAGCGCUGUAAAAGUGCAGGAUGGGCUGUGCGCAGUCUACGGAUGAGGAGUCGGACCUAGCAAGAGGUCGUGACCUUGCUGGGUACCAUGGAGGUGGUUACCAGUAUGACUCCACCCCUCAGCACACUUCCAACUUUGAAGUGACCAGCAUACCAAACUACAACAACUUCCACACCGUGGGAACGCCAUCGAUCAGUGUGUUCGGAGGAGUCAACACACACUCACAGAUACACACUGGAAAUGUACUCACACCAGCUACAACAGGUGUGACUUUGUUCGUGGCUCUGUAUGAUUAUAGCGCUCGGACUGAAGAUGAUCUGACUUUCAGUAAAGGCGACAGGUUCCAGAUCAUCAACAACACUGAGGGUGACUGGUGGGAAGCUCGUUCUCUCACUACAGGAGGAUCUGGGUACAUUCCCAGUAAUUACGUCGCUCCCGUCGACUCCAUUCGGGCCGAGGAGUGGUAUUUUGGUAAACUGGGAAGGAAGGAAGCAGAGAGGAUGUUGCUUUCUUCAGGAAACCAGCGUGGAAGCUACCUCAUCCGUGAGAGUGAAACCACCAAAGGUGCGUACUCCAUAUCUAUUCGAGACUGGGACGAAGAAAAAGGUGACCAUGUGAAACAUUAUAAGAUUCGUAAACUGGACAGUGGAGGUUAUUACAUCACCACCCGUACCCAGUUUGAAUUUCUGCAGGAACUCAUCCAGCAUUACUCAGUGCAUGCGGAUGGUCUGUGCUGUCAGUUAACCAGUGUGUGUGUGAACUGCACACCAGACACGGUGGGUCUUGCCCACGAUUCCUGGGAAAUCUCCCGAGAUUCGCUGCAGUUGCACCUCAAGCUCGGGGCAGGAUGUUUCGCUGAAGUCUGGUGCGGAACGUGGAAAGGGAAUACUAAAGUGGCAGUGAAGACCCUGAAGUCUGGCACCAUGGCACCUGAAUCGUUUUUAGAGGAAGCUCAGAUCAUGAAGAAUCUGCACCAUGAUAAACUGGUGCAGCUUUACGCUGUCGUCUCUGAGGAACCCAUCUAUAUCGUCACUGAGUACAUGAGCAAAGGAAGUUUGUUGGAUUUCCUGAAGGACAGUGAAGGUCGCACUCUAAAACUGCCCAACCUCGUGGACAUGGCAGCUCAGGUAGCAGCGGGUAUGGCGUAUAUCGAGAAGAUGAACUACAUCCACAGAGAUCUGCGCUCAGCUAACAUUCUGGUUGGAGAGAAUCUGGUGUGCAAGAUCGCCGACUUUGGUCUCGCACGACUGAUCGAGGAUAACGAGUACAACGCACGGCAAGGAGCGAAAUUCCCUAUUAAAUGGACGGCUCCCGAAGCGGCUCUGUACGGUAAAUUCACCAUUAAAUCCGACGUCUGGUCCUAUGGAAUUCUUCUCACAGAACUGGUGACCAAAGGACGAGUUCCAUAUCCAGGAAUGAAUAACAGAGAAGUUUUGGAGCAGGUGGAACGUGGGUACCGUAUGCAGUGUCCUCAGGACUGUCCCGUCUCCAUGCACGACCUCAUGCAGCACUGCUGGAAGCAGAACCCUGAGGAACGUCCCACGUUUGAGUACCUGCAGGCCUUCCUCGAGGAUUACUUCACUGCCACAGAGCCGCAGUACCAACCUGGAGAUAACCUGUGAUCUGCUCUACAGCUCCCUCCAGCCUGGACGAUGGGUCACAGAUAGAGGAACACAUGAACUGUUUUAGGCUUCAUCGUGGAGGAGUUUAGUGGAGGGAAACUGUGGGUACUUGAAACUGAGGGUUGCAAGGUGACGAUUCCGUCUCAUUAGAUCAAGGUGGAGUUGGAUUAUCUGUGCACUCUCUAGCGCCUCCUUUUUGGAGGUUAUUUUAGACCUUUAUGAACUUUUAAAAUGACUUUAAAACAUUUAUUUUUUACAAAUCAUGAUUUAAACAGAGAUGGAAUGGCCUCAUUGAUUUGAUAAAAUGAGGGCAGAUGUGAGGAAUUAUGGGUUAUUAAUGGGGUAUUAAUGUUUGUCUAAUCCACAUUUCCUUCUAUCAGAGAAACAAGAGAAGAUUAAAUGACUGUAGAACUUGAUCUGAUCAAACAGAUCUGAUAGAGAUUUGAUAUAGAACUGAAUGGGCAUUGGUGCAGGGAAUUGUGGGUAAUGCAAGAAUUACAAUUGAUGGAUGAAUGCUUAAUUUUUUUUUGCUCCAGAAAGUUAGUUUUGUUUUAUUUUUAUGGUUAUUGUGUAAAAGCAGAAAAUGUUCUGUAAAGCCAUCACUUAAAAAAAGGUUUUUUAUUUUGUAUUAUUUAUGAGCAAACAAGCCAAAGAAAUCAGGACCAAUGAGUGUUUCAUUAAUGUAUUGUACUCUUUUAUACAGAGCUUAAUGCUAACAUGUUAAUAUAUUUUGUAAUGCAUUUUUAUA